AUAUAUAUAUCAUAUUACAGAUAUAUAUAUAAAAUCAGAACUGACCGCUAAAGUGAUGGGUUAAAAAUGAAGCUUUUUAAACUAAUUGUACAUCAAAAAAAUUUUAGUGGUGAAGAUUUAAUAAUUAAUCCCAAAGAUUAUCCAGGCAUAAAAACUGGAGAUGUCGUUGAAAUUUAUCAUCCUGAAGAUGAGUUCAGCCGCUUACUCUUACAGGUUACAUCUUUCAAAGAAGAUCUUCAGGGACGAGAAACAAUUAGUGUCGAAAAUAAUGUAGCGACGAUGUUUCAAUUAAGAACUUUUGCUGAUGUUUAUAUGAAUAUAGUAAAUCCAGAAGAUGUAGCACUGGAUUCGGUUGAAUUAACAUUUAAAGAUCAAUAUAUGGGACGUAGUGAAAUGUGGAGAUUAAAAAAUAGCUUGGUGAAUACUUGCGUUUAUAUGAAUAAGAAGAUAGAAUUUUGUGGAGGUAGCAUUCGAUGUCAAGUAUAUGAAAUGUGGUCUCAAGGUGAUAGAGUUGCUUGUGGUGUUAUUACUGAUGACACUAAGGUAGUCUUUCGUUCUUCAACAAGUAUGGUUUAUCUUUUUAUUCAAAUGAGCUCAGAAAUGUGGGAUUUUGAUAUUCAUGGUGAUCUUUAUUUCGAAAAAGCAGUAAAUGGAUUUUUAGCAGACUUGUUUCAAAAAUGGAAGAAGAAUGGUAGUAAUCAUGAAGUAACAAUAGUUUUGUUUUCAAGAACAUUUUAUAAUGCCACGAGUUUAGAAGAAUUUCCAAAUCAUAUGAGAGAGUGUUUACAACAUGAUUAUAGAGGUCGAUUUUAUGAAGAUUUUUAUAGAGUAGCAGUACAGAAUGAAAGAUAUGAAGAUUGGAGUAAUGUAUUGGUACAAUUACGUAAAUUGUUUACUGAUUAUCAAAAGUUUGUAUUGGAAUAUCACCAAAGACCAGAUGUUAGUAUGCCAAAAGCAAUAAAUUCUACAGCAGCACAAGGAAAUUUUUUAGAAGUUUUGAACAUGUCAUUAAAUGUUUUUGAAAAACAUUAUCUUGACCGUAGUUUUGAUAGAACAGGUCAAUUAUCAGUCGUAAUAACUCCUGGAGUAGGUGUAUUUGAAGUUGAUAGAGAAUUGACAAAUGUUACUAAACAAAGGGUUAUUGAUAAUGGAGUAAACAGUGAUUUAGUUUGUGUUGGAGAACAACCAUUGCAUGCAGUUCCUUUAUUAAAGUUUCAUAAUAAAGAUACAUCUAUAAAUGCACCAGAUGACUACAGUAUGCCUCAUUGGAUUAAUCUUAGUUUUUAUUCAACAAAUAAAAAAAUACCUUAUUCUACCUUUAUACCACGCAUAAAAUUGCCUCAAAAGGUGUCAAAACAUUCUAUGGACAAUGGUAGAUUAAAUUGUAAAACUAAGCUUUUACAAGAAGACCCUAGGGAAUGCUUGCAUAAUUCUUUAUUUGAUUAUGAUGCUUAUGAUGCUCAAGUUUUUCAAUUGCCACAUGUUCAUACUUCAAGUAGUUUGCAAAGAGUUACUACAAGAACUAAAAAAACAAGUGUGGCAUGCAUUGAGACUCAUAAUAAUGCUCACAUAUUAAAGCUUUUAAAACGUAAAAUGUCAGAUCCUGAUAUUCAUCAUCCAUCACCUGAAACACAUGCAUUAAUACCAGCAGCCGCAAGAAGUGCUGCAAUCUCUAUACCUCAUCGGACAGAAAGUGUUGAAAAUAACGAUUCUAAUGAGGAAACAAAUGUAUCAAGAACAUCUAUCAAAAGUGAUAUAACCGAUUCUGAAAUAUCACCACCAUUCAGACCAGUUGUUGGAAGUGCUGGUAGUCCAACUAAUUCAAUUUCCCAACCUGCAAAUAUAGUUAGACCUAGCAGAGCACUUAUUAAUCCUUUUGAUCCCUCACAUGUUACUAUAAAAUUGACCAGUAAUAGGCGCAGAUGGAGCCAUAUUUUUCCUAAAGGUCCAACGGGUGUUUUGAUACAACAACAUCACUAUCAAGCUGUUCCCGCACAGUCACAUCCUGAACCCCAGAGUGAUACUACUUCAACGUUGAGUGGAUCUCCUAUGGAGCAAAUUACAACUACCAGCAAUCCACAUCAUAUAUCAAGAUCAGCUUCUCAAAUUGGAUUUCAAGAUCAUACAAAAGGGAAGUUUCAGCGCAUAAAUUUGAUAGGUGGAGAUAGAGUAUCAAAUACUAAUUCAUCUGGAACUAAUAAGAGUUUAACUCUUUUAUGGGGUGCCACUGGUGAACAGGAGUGGACACCAGCACUUACAACAGCAAUCAUAGGUGUUGAUUGGAAGUCAUUAACAAUUCCAGCUUGUUUGCCUAUUACUACAGAUUAUUUCCCAGAUAAAAGGAGUUUACAAAAUGAUUAUGUAGUUUCGGAUUAUAAUCUGUUACCAGAUGAUGUAAAUGCGGAUUUUGCACAACAACGAGCGGUUUAUAAAAAACCUUUAACAACUGCAGAAGUCUUUAAAGAGCUCGUUUCACAGAGAUUGGCUCAAGGUUUUCAGCUAAUUUUAUUACCACCUAUCAAUAAAAAUCAAAAUAAUACGUCUGGUAGUGGUACAGCUGCACCCAUAAGUUCUGUAAUGCGAGGAAGACAAGCAGAAUCUGAACCAAAAGAAGAAUACUUGCUUAGCAUUGGUCGAAUUUUUCAUAAAAUAUCACUUUAUGGUAACUCUAUAACAGUUACAAGAUACAGACCAAGGCACCCUUAUCCACCAUUUAAUAUCCAUUAUCGAUAUAGAUUUCAUGCUCCUCAUCAUGAUACAUAUGAAGUAUCAUGGGUAUCUUUUACAACAGAGAAACUUGAAAAUUAUAAUUGGAACUAUUUAGAUCAUUAUAUAUGCACAAGAGGACAUACUGAUUUUGCUUUAGUAGAGACUCUUAAAUAUUGGAGGUUCAGAGUAUUCUUGCUGCCAAUGAACAAUUUUGCAACUCGAAAAAUUUUGGAAGGUUCAUCAAAAUGCGAUAUAUAUACACCAGCUUCUGCAGCUGAGCAAGCUUCUCUUAUGGAUGGAUUUUUACGUUUUAUAGAAGGAUGGUUGAAUAAAAUACGACGUCCGCAUCCUAAUAAAAAUUGGCAUGCUAUGUUUCAGACCCCCACAGUUCUAAGUGGUGUUCCUCCAAGAGACCCUGCCUCUCAUUUGACCAGACGCAGGCACAGCACGAGCCUAAUAUUCCUCACUAACCAGACCAGUCUAGUCAGCAGCUCUCCCUUUAGAGAACGACUUGGAAGCAACCGUCUACCAGAGAAACCACGACCAAGAUCUGGUUCAAAAGUAAUGGAUAGAGGAAGAGUUUCCCCUGCAAGUGAAGCAGUUCUUCCUCUUGCUUUGGAGCAACAACAACAAGAUCACUUUGAAACUAAUGAGGAUAGUGCUAACAUGGAAUUAACAAAGUUGAAAAGUAAUGCUACAAAUGCAGAAAUUUUAGAAGCUAUGAAACAUCCACAAACUGGAGUAGGAUUUCUUACACAACAUCCAUCUUUACCAAGUCAAACUUUUGUUAGUGCUGAUGCAGUUCAAUGGUUAAGUAAUAAUACAGAGGGUGGUGUUACUGUAGAAAGUGCCAUCAAUACUAUAAAAGGAAUGAUUCAAGAAACGCUUAUUUGUCAUGCAUCUGGAGAUUUUUCUAAACCUUUUAUAUUAGGAUUUUAUUUGUAUCAUAUAGUUCAAGAUAAGGAAAACCAAAAAGCUGCUGAUUAUUCGCCACCUUUGGGUGAUCUUCAAAGUUUUGAAAAUGAGUGGGUGGAAGUUGAAAUGAAAGCUCCCAAAGGUUGGUGUGAACCAACUACUACAACUACUGCUACAACUACUACUACUACUACUACUGCUACUAUUACUACUACUACUACUACUACUACUACUGCUACUGCUACUACUACUAUUACUACUACUACUACUACUACUACUACUACUACUACUACUACUACUGCUGGUACUGCUGCUGUUGCUGCUGCUGCUGCUGCUGCUGCUGCUGCUGCUGCUGCUACUGCUGCUACUACUGCUACUAAUUUACCAACAGUAUCAUCUCCUAUAUCUAUACCCAAUUAUGAUACUGUUGAUGAAUCGAAUGUACCACUAUUUUUAAGGGAUGAUCUAGAUUUAACAAAUUUCUUGGAGGAAAAAGAAUUGAACGUACCACCAUAUAAACACACACAUCUAGAUAUUGAUAUCAAUAACAAAAGUGAUAGAAUAGAGUGGGGGCAUCUUAGGUAUCAAUCUGUAUAUAUGAUCGAUCAUUCUUAUGAACUUGUAGUGCAAUGGGUAGCUUCGUCUGGUAGCAUUGUAGCUGACCUUAUAUUCAUCUGGCAACGCAAGGCUCAAAUGUGCGGAAUUCAAAUGGUACCAAUUCCAAGUGAUUUGUUAGCUUUACCAUUUACUUUAAAGAGUGAUCCUUUAAGAGGUCCUAUUUUUAUACCACUCGAUACAGAAUGUCUUAUGGGAAAUAAAAAAUUUCUAUUUGAAGAAUUUCGUGAAGAUACAUAUGCUCAGAGAUUAUUCUUAUUUCAAGAGGCCAUAUUACGAAGAUUUGGUUUCAUACCAUGUUUGAUUGAAAGUUCUGAAAAUGAUCAUCAAUACGUUCAUGUAACCGGAAAUGCUUUUAUACUUGUUCCAUCUACAAAAACUACCAGACCACGUCAACGUACCGGCACUAAUAUAGUAAGACGAAAUACGGGACAAAAAAGAUAUCCAGUACAUCCGGAGCAACCAAGUCCACAUGAAGCAUAUAUUACACGUCAUGUUAGUGGGAAAAGUAAAGAUGAUUAUAAUGUAGAUAGACGAAUGGGAUUUCUUUGGUCAUGGAAUCAUAUGAUUAGCCGAAAGUGGAAAUCAUUAUCCACUUCAGCUGGCGAUGAAUUGUUUCAAAAGAAAAUUAUUCAAGAUUUUAAACACUUUUGUUCAAAUGGAGAUAAUAGGUUGAAGCAAUUUUGGGAUUCUUGUUGGGAGUUGAAAGAAAAAAGUUGUACAUAUUUAAAGUAGUAAGAGGCAUAGAAUUAAGUUUUAUUAAAAAUGUAAAAAAUGAAUUUGUGGAUAUAUCAUUCAAGAGCUUUAAUAAUAAUUAAUAUCCGUUGAUUAUUUUUACUAUGAUCACGUGACUAGAUCUCCCGUACUAUUUCGAUUAUUGGUAAAUAAAUAAUAAAUAAUGAAUUUUAGCUGUGAUCUAACUAUUAAGUCUUAAAAAUGAGAUAUAACGAUGAAAUAAUAAAACAAAUAGUGUUAACUUAAUUUUUAAAAAAAUAAUUUUUAUAAAACACUUUUUUUUAUAUUUUGUGGCAAGAAUAUUGUCUUAAUACAAUUAUCAAUUCUAUUUCUUACUUUUGUUAUAAUAAUAGAUAUUUAUAUACGUAUAUUGUUAAGUGAAAUAAACAUGUGUUAAAUCAUAGAGAAAUUAUUUACUUAUUACAAUAUCGUUUUAUAUUUAUACCACAAAAGUAUAAACAUAAAAUAUAUGUCAUACUUUUCAUGCUAUAAAUACUAAACGAGUUAUAAUUCUUAAGAAUACUAGAUGUUAUAAUUCUUUUUUUUACAGAUUACUUAUACUUUAACAUUAAGUACGUUGUCGAUAUAAACAGGAUAUUAAAAGAAAAAUAAAAAAAAAAAAAAAAAAAAAAAAAAAAAAAAAAAAAUAAAAAGAAAAAAAGAAACGAAGUAUUAUAUCGCUAACAUUAUAUAUAUAUAUAUAUUAUUAUAUAGUUAUAAGGCACUUUUUAUAGUAAAUAUGAGAAGUUUGUGCAAGUUUUCGAUAGAAAAAUUAACAUUUAUAUAAUCAUAUUAAAGUAAGAGCCUAAACAAUCGCUGAUUGUUAUGAGUCAUUAAGUGCAACUUUGAGUUUCACUUAAUUCUAUAGGGCAAUUGCAAAUAUAAUGUAUAAUUUAAAUAAGCUCAAUAGUGUUUAGCAUUAAUUCUAUACACGUCAUAACAUAAUAACAUUACUUAAUAACCUAUUCUAGAAGGUGGAGUUGCAAAGUAUUUUUUGUUUUUCUUCAUAAAUGUACGACUGAAAAAAGGUAAAACAAAAAUGAGAAAGAAUACAUAUAGCUAUAAGAAGGAAAACAUAGGUAAUUAAAAGGUUUUAAACUGACCUGGAAGUAAGAGGUGUAUGGAAAAAUCCACGAGAUGUGGUACGUUUCAAAAGUGAUUCUGUAGAUGGAGUAUGUCUUAAUUCUCCUGUUUUAGGGGUACCAAUAUCGUUUAAAUUUUCAGGAUUAACAAAGUUUGCCCAAUAAUCAGAAGGAAUUUUUAACAAGCUCUCCACAAUCUGAAAAAUAUAAUACAAAUAUGUAAAAAAUGUUAUCCUUUUGAUUAAUACAAUAUAAACAUUAUAUAUAUACAUACUGCAACUUGAUUUUUUGUUUCACUAAGCAUAGAAGUAGGAGAUGGUUCUUGAGAGCUAAAACCAACUAAUGUUGGUCCGAACACUUUAGCAAGAUUACUUAUUGGCAUUUUACAUUCAGCACUACUAGAUACACGUUGUAAAUGUAAUAUAAGGAAAGCAAGAGUAUCUCGAUUAGGUUGUGGAAGUUCUGAGAUUGCUUGAUAAAGUGCUGCAUCUGCAUCUUCUUUAUCUGAAAUAGUAGUAGCGCGAACAAAAUCUGCCCAAAGUGCUACAGUAAUUAAAGGUUCCCGCAAAGAUCUAUAAUAAAAAAUAUAAAUCGUUAUUCAUUAAUCAUUAAAAAUUACUUUAUAUUGCAUUAAAAAAAAGAAAAAAAAAAAAAAAGAAGGAAUUCACCUAAGAAAAUCUUUUAGUGUAGAGCAGAUUGUAGGUAUAUCAAUGUCAGAAAGAUUAGGAGCACCUUUUCCUCUGAGGAACUUAUCUUUCAAACAUUUAACAUCUGUUGAUGCACCAUUUACUCUGUAUAAUCCUUGUUCACUCAUACCUCUUAAUUCUACCUCAUUAAUACAAUGAACUAUUAGCGAAGGUACCAUUGGAGGUAUCAUAGGGGCAUAAUCUGCUAUAGUACCCUAAAAAUAAUAAGAGAAAAUUUUGUUUAAAAUUUAAUUAUUAAGGUAUUUCAUUUUUUAUUAAUCUUAUACUUACUGAAGUACCACGGAAAGUAGGUGUAUUUCCUGUUGGAACACAAGGAAGUGGUACUAAAUCUUUACAUUCUGUAUGUGCUGUAGCUUUACAAUCUCUGCAUUUUACAGCUACUUUACCAAAUCUAAUCCUAUUUAUAGAAAUGAAUAGAUUUAUAAUUUUAUAUCAUUAUCCAUUAUAAUCUUAUUAAUUAUAUGUUCAAAAUUUAAAUGCAAAAUAUCUAACCGUUUACCACAAGGUGUACACAUUUCAGGUUUAAUAACUGUUUUUGCUGUGAAACUAUGACCUCUAGAAUUUUUAAUAUUUAAAGUAUAUCCACCAAUAUUUGGACUCGGUUUAAAAGCACUUUCUGAAUCAGAACCUGAUGUAAGAGUUUCUGCUUUUGGUGCUGAAGGCUUAAAAAAAAAAAAAAAAAGAAAAGAAAAACAAUAAUAAAAAGGAACUAGUACUAAUUAAUACUAAUAUUUAAAUGAAAUAAAAAAAAUAUUAAUGUACCGUAGUAUCAACAGCUAUUUCAUUGAGAUCUAUUUGUGCCAAUUUAGUUCUACUAUGAUCUGAACUUUUGCGUUUUUUGCGUGCACUAUGUGGAGGUCCUUGAGGAUUGGUAUUUUCAUUCAUUGGUACAGCUUCGAUGACUGAAGAUGCAGUGAUUGCACCUUCUUUUGGCACUGUGACAGUAGUAGUAGCUAUUAUUUUAUCAGAAGUAUUUAAUUCUGCUACUUUCUGCAAUGUACUACGGCGUUUCUUUGGAGAGUAUUCUCCGCUUGGUCUAUGUUCUUUCCAUUCUCUCUUCUUCUGAUUUUGUUGUAUAAUAACGCUUGUAUCUAAAUCAUCCUCUGAUUUUGAAAAACAACUGAAGUCGCUUAAUAUAGAACCGGUAGAAUCUAAUUCUGCUAUUGUAUUGAGCCUAAAAGUAAAGAGAAAAAUAUAGUUCUUUGUAAUCCUUUUAUAUUCUUUGUUUAAAGAAAUAAUCAUACUUGUCAUUAUAGUGUAAAUCUUUUAUGUGUACAUUGCUAUUUCUUGGAUUUAUAGAAGUAUUGUUGAGAAAUUGUAACUUCUCUCUAGUUUCAUCAUUCAAGUUUCUUCCUCCAUCAUUAAACAGAAGAUCUCUAACUAAAGCUAUCUGUCGCUCCUGUUAAAUAUUAUACAUAUAAAAAGUUGUUUUAUUUUUAUAUUUAUCAUAAAGAAAGAUUAUAAUACCAAAGAGUUUUUUUCUUCUUCAGCAGCUCGUCGCAUUUGUUUCUCUUCAUUCAAUAAACGUCUAGCAUGACUUAGUUUUCUAUCAAGACGAGUUGCUUCAUGAUGGGAUUUUUCUAAAGCGACAUGGAGUCGUUGACAUUCUUGCACAGAUGCCAACCAUUUCUGUCGCAUUUCUUCUUGAUUUAUAGCAAACUGAAGAAACUCUAUACAAAAAGAAAUUGUAUUAAAAGUAAAAUUAUAAAUAUGAAUAUAGGGCAAUAUUUUAACCUGUAGUAUUAACCUUCUUCGCAGGAUCCAUUUAUGAGGACGUUUGAACAUCGUACUACUUCAUCAAGGCUUGCUAAUACUGACAACGAUGCAGUCAUUUUUUGAACAAAAAGAAUUUACUUGAAAACUUGGAAAUUGAAGAAUAAACGAUCUAAUAACGUUUCUUCCGUAUUCAAAUAUUAAUCAACUUCUAUAUAACCAUGUGUGCGAACACAUAUACUUGAGAUUACAUAUUUAUAUUAUCUUCGAUAUAAAUCAAUAAAUCACCGUAUUCCUUGUAAUUACAAUCGAUGAAAGAUUUUGCGUCUAACUUUAUGAAACUUCUGUACUGAGAAUUAUCCGUUAAUAUUGUAAACAGCGUUACAACAGAUUCUAUCAAUAAUGAUUUGAAUGUAACCAAUAGGAAUAAAGUUUAACUCUUACUUUUUCUAUAAAACGGUAGAGGACACCACAAACCACAGAGAAUAUAUCAGCAGAGGAGCUAAUUAUAUGAUAAACGUGAUUCAAUUGUUU